ACAACUGUGGAGGACCUGAAGAAGGAGGUGAAGGAACUGAAGGCCGCAUCGAUGGCCGCCUCUGAGACACAUUCGCCAAUCCAUUCGCAACUCUUCCACUUCAACGCCGGCGCCAAUGAAAGCGAUGCUUACAUUAAUCGUCUCAACUGUUCCGGCGAUGACUUCUCCAUCAAUCGGUGCCAAAUGGACGGCCAGUUGACUGCACCUCCGGUUGACAGCAGUGUCACCACUGAUGACAACGAAGAGUUCUUCGACUUCACCGAAGGUUUUGACAACAAUUCAGAAACUAAUCACAAGAAGAGUGACAACUCUUUAGACCAAUUGAUCCAAAAAUUUGAUACAUUAUUAGAGGACUCGUCGGUCAAUAAGAAAGAACUUUACGAACAGAUUCUCGAAACUCAUUCAAAA